GCCAAUGAAAUUGAAGAUGAACCAGAACCAUUGAGCAUGGCUUGGCCCGAUACUGCCCGCAAACGGCUCACCUAUAUAUUGGUGGCGCCACUGCUUAUACCCAUGUGGCUGACAUUGCCCGAUACGCGAACACCGCGUGGCAAAAAAUUCUACCCAGUCACGUUCAUCGGCUCAAUACUGUGGAUCGCUGCCUUCUCGUAUCUGAUGGUGUGGUGGGCGAAUGUUGCCGGCGAUACGGCACGCAUACCACCGGAGGUAAUGGGUUUGACCUUCCUCGCUGCCGGCACAUCAAUACCCGAUUUGAUAACAUCGGUGAUUGUGGCGCGCAAAGGAUUUGGUGAUAUGGCGGUUUCCAGUUCAGUGGGUAGCAAUAUUUUCGACGUCACUGUAGG